CCGAGGUAUAACAUUCUUCUGAUUUCUUUUGAAGAGUUUGAUGGUUCGUGGACGAGCAGCAGUGCCUUGCGUGCGAAAUCGAUAGCACUUUUUCUCGUUUCUCCUCCACCGCAAUUCAGCGGAAUUCUGAAUCGUCAUACAUGUUGUACAGUUUUGAGUACAAUUGACAGUGUUCUGAUUUCAUGAGAAGAUUGCACGCGCGACGAUUCGCCGGAGAGGUGGUCCUAGGAGGAGGAGCAGCAGUUCGACUCUAGGCGUGCUGGUUGUGUGAAGGCGAGGACGCUGUUGUGUUCAGGUUGCAUUCAACGGAGAGCGAUCGACGAGUUGUGAAGACAGAGAAGGGGACGAAAGAGAAGAGAAGAUAGCCCUGGCUGGCGUUCAGGUCAUGGCUCAGUGGAACCAGGGUUAUGAGUAUCAACGGUGGUAGGGUUGCAAAGCCCCCUUUGGUUCAGGUUAUCAAAUUUGGGGAAGAUUGGAUUGUAAGACGAGGAGGGAGGGGAAUUUCUGUUCAGUGGCUAUGAAUUGAAUUAGGUGAUGAACAUCUGGCGAUUUUUCGACCAGUGUGUUGGUCAAGACUGACGGAUUUCCUAUUGUGAAUGAGACAAUUGUCCGUAGACUGAAACCAUUUCCUUAGGUUGAUCGAUUGUCAGAAACCCUAAAUUUUCUGCCGGGUUUCUUUCCCGUGAAUUGGAGAAACUUCGUUUAACAAUCCCUGCCGAAACCUGAAACAGCAGAGCUUGUUAUAAUCCGGUUUCGAAUAUGGCUUUAUCUCAAAAGUUAGCGCAAUUUAACAAGCAGCAGGAGAAGCUUCAGGCGUCGUUAGCUAAGAUCAACCAGUCCCGCCCUGCCCCUGCCCCUCAACCGAAGGUUACGGUAUCUCGAAAGGCGCCUGCACGAGAGGCCUCUCAAAAUUCCGUCCCUUUCUCACAGAGAUUUUCCUUCACAAAUGAUACUGAAAAGCUUACGCAAAUUGCCACCAUUCGGAGGGCCCCUGUCGGAGCUCAAAUCAAGCGCGUCCUCGAUCUUUUGCUUGAGACAAGACAAUCUUUGCUUCCCGAGGAGAUCAACGAAUCUUGCUUCGUGGAUGUGUCAGCUAACAAAGAACUGCUUGAGAGUCUGAAGAGCAACGUCAAAGUUUCGUUCGAUGGCCAGCGCUUCGCUUACAAGUCAAAGCAUGACAUCAAGUGCAAGCAGGAAUUGCUCGUUCUCAUCAGAAAAGUCCCAGAGGGGAUUCCGAUGGGAGAUCUGAAAGAUUCCUACCCCGGAGUAAUUUCUGACGUACAGGAGCUGAAAGCAAGCGGGGAUAUAUGGUUGCUGAUGAAUAGCGAUUCACAAGAAGACAUUGCUUACCCCAACGACCCUAGGAUCAAAAUCAAAGUCGAUGAGGACUUGAAGCAGCUCAUUAGGAGUAUUGAAAUGCCUCGGGAAUUCAUCGACGUAGAGAGAGAGUUGACGAAAGCUGGCAUGAAGCCCGCCACAAAUACUGCCAGGAGAGAGGCUUUGAAGGGUGCACUGCGCACACAGCAGACUCAGAAAAAGACGAAGAAAAGACGUGAAACUAAAAGAACCAAAUACACAAACGCUCACUUGCCCGAGCUGUUUCAGAUGAACUUAGGAUAGUAUUUUUGUACCCUGGCGGUUGUGUACAUAGCAAAGGACAUUUUCUCGAGUCCUCGAGUUGUUUCCUCGCAGGAACUGACACUCCUGUUUAAUUUAUAAGCACUUCAUCGACCGAUUUCAGUUGCCAGGUUUCUAGUGUGUAGUUUCACACGCGGGAUGAGACGAAUUUCAUUCAACGUGAAAGGUUUUCGCGAAAUUCCCGACCUCAUUUGUUCUCCGACAGAAAAAAUUUAUGGGAGUUAGACCCUCUCCAUCGAUUCACCCUAUGGAAUCGGAUCCGAAGUUCUAAAACGUAUUCCUGUACACAUAUAAUGCUAGUUUUAGUGGACCUCUGCAAUCGCAAAUCCCUACUAGAACUGCACAGUCUAGUGAAAUUCACAGAACUUGAGUCAUGACUCGAGACAUGGCGAUGUCAACACCCCUGCGGUACAUACUUGUAUAAUAGGAUCGAUACUAGCAGAGGGUGUCAACAUGAUGACAUUGACGUUCAUCCAGCGCUGUAAUUCUGGUGCACCUUGGCACUCCAGAAAUAAAGUAUCACUAGGUUCGUACCAAUUCCAC